CCAUUUUUCUUCCAAACCCUAAUCCCGCCGAACAAAGAAUAGUUUUUCCCUCUCAAUCUCAGGCUCUCACUCUCACCUAACCAUUUUUCUCUUCUUUUUUUGCUCUCAGUCAGCCACAUAAUGUUUCUUCCAAACCCUAAUCCCGCCGAAAAAUUAGUAAUAUUUCCCUCUCAAUCUCAGAUUUUCAGGCACAUAAUUUUUCUCUUCUCUUUUGCACUCAGGCACAUAAUUUUUUUUCCAUACCCUAAUCCCGCCGAACAAAUAGUAGUUUUUCCCUCUCAAAUUCUUAGUCUUAAGCUCCGACCUAACCUUCCCCUAUUUAAGAACACAAGCUCUCACUCUCACUAUCAAGACUUAUCUCUGAUUCUCAGUCUCACUCUGUAAAAAAGAAAGGCUUUCCUUUCAAGUUCUCAUGAAAUUCCUAGUACCUGAGACAGUCAAUCUCCUUUUCAUCUCCGUUCUCCACCGUGGCGGCUCUGCCACUAUGUAGUUCUGUCUUUGGGUUAAUUUAAAAGAUUCAGCUUAUAAAUCUCGAAGGCUUAAAUAGUUCCUGGAUCAUGGCUGCUUGUGCUUCUUCUUCCACCCCCUUUAUUGAGCCUACUCUUAAUUCAUGUGCUGAGGCUAAUCAACCGAAUACACAAUCUCCUAUUACACCAUCAGGUGCUGUACCCCCUCAAACACAAACAGAAACUCAACAAGCUACUAUUAAUGGUGGUAAAGAGCCUUCUAAGAUAUGGGACCAUUUCUCUAGAAUAGAGGGUUGUGACCCCCUUUACCCUAAGUCCCAGUGCAACUAUUGUAAAAAGAGUUAUAAUUGUCACCCAAAAAGAAAUGGAACCUCUGCCAUGUGGUCUCAUAUAAAAUUUGGUUGUAAGAAGUACCCCUAUAGGCGUGAUAAAGGCCGAACCACUUUGAGUUACCAAAGUAAAAAAAAAGGGGAGGGAGAGGGGGGUAAUGAGCCGGUGUUGAGAAAGUUUAGUGUGGAAAGGUUAAGGAUGGCCUUGGCUAGGAUGAUAAUUGUUGAUGAACUACCUUUUAGGUUUGUUGAGCAUAGUGGGUUCAUUGAUUUUAUGGCAGAGGUAGAGCCUAGGUUUGAAGUUCCCUCUCGGGUUACUGUUGCAAGGGAUUGUCUUAGAGUUUACAUUAGGGAGAAGGAGAGUUUGAGAAAAGUUUUAAUGGCUGGUCAAAGGGUGUGUUUGACAACUGAUACUUGGACUUCAAUCCAAAACCUUAAUUACCUUUGUUUGACUGCACAUUAUAUUGAUGUUGAUUGGGUUUAUCAUAAAAAGAUUUUGAAUUUCUGCCUAGUACCUGAUCAUAAGGGUGAGACCAUUGGUAGGGUGGUUGAGUCUUGUUUGCUUCAAUGAGGGAUUGAUCAUAUUUUUACAAUUACUGUUGAUAAUGCAAGUUCAAAUGUUGUGGCCAUAGAAUAUCUUAGGAGGAAAACAAAGGAUAGGGUGGGUAGCCUCUUGGGUUGUGAGUUCCUUCAUAUGCGUUGUUGUGCCCAUAUUUUGAAUUUAAUUGUGCAAGAUGGGCUAAGGGACCUUAAUGAGUCAAUUGUUAAGGUUUGAAAUGUAGUGAGGUAUGUGAAAUCUUCUCCUAAUAGAUUUGAGAAGUUUAAGGCAUGUGUUGAAAAAGAAAAAAUUCAAAGCAAAAGUUUGUUGUGCCUUGAUGUGUCUACUAGGUGGAAUUCAACUUACUUGAUGUUAGAAAGUUCACUAAAGUUUGUGGCUGCAUUUGAAAGG